GGCCGGCCCCCGCGCCCAGGCGGCUGCUCCCUGCUGACUGGGGUGUGGGCGGGGAGCGGCGGAGGGAGGAGGAGGCGCUGCUGGCCGCCGCCGUUGCCUCCGCUGCUGGGCGCCUGGGCAGCACCCCAGGUUUCCGCGGCCGCCAUGGACGAGCAAGCGGGUCCCGGAGUCUUCUUCAGCAACAACCAUCCGGGCGCCGGCGGUGCCAAGGGUCUCGGGCCUCUGGCGGAGGCUGCAGCGGCCGGCGACGGGGCGGCUGCGGCAGGGGCGGCCCGAGCCCAGUACAGCUUACCCGGGAUCCUGCAUUUCCUCCAGCAUGAGUGGGCCCGCUUCGAGGUGGAGAGAGCCCAGUGGGAGGUGGAGCGGGCGGAGCUGCAGGCCCAGAUUGCCUUCCUUCAGGGGGAAAGGAAAGGUCAAGAAAAUUUGAAAAAGGAUCUUGUGAGGAGGAUCAAAAUGCUGGAGUAUGCUCUUAAACAGGAAAGAGCCAAAUACCACAAGUUGAAAUAUGGGACAGAAUUGAAUCAGGGAGAUAUGAAGCCUCCAAGCUAUGAUUCUGAUGAAGGUAAUGAAACAGAGGUGCAGCCACAACAAAAUAGCCAGUUAAUGUGGAAACAAGGUCGACAACUACUCAGACAGUAUCUACAGGAGGUGGGUUACACAGAUACUAUUCUGGAUGUGAAAUCUAAACGAGUGCGAGCUUUGUUGGGCUUUUCAAGUGAUGUCACUGACAGGGAAGAUGACAAAAAUCAGGACUCAGUUAUAAAUGGCACAGAGGGUGAAGUUAAAGACACAGCAAUGAUUGGAAAAUCCGAGUUAACAGAUUCUGCCUCUGUGCUGGAUAAUUUCAAAUUCCUUGAAAAUGCAGCUGCAGAUUUCAGUGAUGAAGAUGAAGAUGAUGACAUUGAUGGAAGAGAAAAAAGCAUCAUUGAUACUUCAACAAUUGUUAGGAAAAAAGCAUUGCCUGAUAGCAGUGAAGAUCGAGAUACUAAAGAAGCUCUAAAGGAGUUUGACUUUUUGGUUACAUCAGAGGAAGGAGACAAUGAAUCUAGAAGUGCAGGCGAUGGAACAGACUGGGAAAAGGAAGACCAGUGUCUCAUGCCUGAAGCUUGGAAUGUGGACCAGGGAGUAAUUACCAAACUCAAGGAACAAUACAAAAAGGAGAGAAAGGGGAAAAAGGGGGUGAAGAGAAAAACUACCGAAGAUCUGUUUCAGCCUCUAUCCUAUAUAAAACAGUCAAAACAGGGAUGUGAGAGAAUGAAGAAUCAAGUUUCAGGACCCAAUAGGUCAAAACUACAAGAUAUGCUUGCUAAUUUGAGAGAUGUUGAUGAACUUCCCUCAUUGCAACCAUCUGUGGGUUCACCGUCCAGACCCAGCAGUUCCAGGCUUCCUGAACACGAAAUAAAUAGGGCAGAUGAAGUGGAAGCACUGACAUUUCCCCCUUCUUCUGGGAAGUCAUUCAUCAUGGGAGCAGAUGAAGCCCUCGAAAGUGAACUGGGACUUGGAGAAUUGGCAGGCCUGACAGUGGCCAAUGAAGCCGAUUCGCUAACUUACGAUAUAGCAAACAAUAAAGAUGCAUUGCGGAAGACAUGGAACCCUAAGUUUACAUUAAGAAGUCACUUUGAUGGCAUUCGAGCCCUUGCUUUCCACCCCAUUGAGCCUGUUUUGAUAACAGCAUCAGAGGACCACACAUUAAAAAUGUGGAAUUUGCAGAAAACAGCCCCAGCCAAAAAGAGUACAUCUCUUGAUGUGGAGCCUAUCUAUACAUUCAGGGCUCAUAAAGGUCCGGUGCUCUGUGUGGUGAUGAGCAGCAGUGGCGAGCAGUGUUACAGUGGUGGUGCUGAUGGGCUGAUCCAGGGCUGGAACACCACCAACCCCAACAUCGAUCCCUAUGACUCCUAUGAUCCUUCUGUUUUAAGAGGCCCUCUGCUAGGCCACACCGAUGCAGUCUGGGGUUUGGCUUAUAGUGCAGCACAUCAGCGUUUGUUGUCCUGUUCAGCAGAUGGCACUCUCCGUUUGUGGAAUACAACUGAGGUUGCUCCAGCCCUGAGUGUAUUUAAUGAUAAUCAAGAAUUGGGAAUCCCUGCCUCUGUGGAUCUAGUGAGCAGUGACCCGAGCCAUAUGGUAGCAUCAUUCAGCAAAGGAUAUACAAGCAUCUUUAACAUGGAAACUCAACAACGCAUUCUCACUUUAGAAUCCAACCUAGAUACAACAGCCAACUCUUCCUGCCAAAUAAAUAGAGUCAUCAGUCAUCCCACUCUUCCCAUCAGCAUCACUGCUCAUGAAGACAGGCACAUCAAAUUCUAUGAUAACAAUACAGGCAAACUGAUCCACUCAAUGGUAGCCCACCUAGAAGCCGUUACAAGUUUAGCAGUUGAUCCUAAUGGCCUAUACUUGAUGUCUGGAAGUCAUGACUGUUCAAUACGGUUAUGGAACCUAGAAAGUAAGACAUGUAUCCAAGAGUUCACAGCUCAUCGGAAAAAGUUUGAAGAAUCAAUUCACGAUGUAGCUUUCCACCCAUCCAAAUGCUAUAUAGCCAGCGCUGGGGCUGACGCACUGGCUAAAGUCUUUGUAUGACAGAAUGCAUCAUCCUCACCUUCUAGCUCUUUACAAAUAAUCAACUGCACAAAAGAGAUACAGAAGACCAGGGCAAGAAUCAACCCAUCCUGCCCUUUCGUUCUGCUGAAGGAGCACAGAGGACAUUUGUUAAAGUAUAGUUUUGCAAUUCGUAUACUGUUUUCUAAAACUAAGGUUUGUUCAGGUUGCUGCAAGCUCAGCUGAAUCUAUGAGCCUGAAAACUGUUUCAAAUUUCCCCCAAAAUAGAAGCUAUUAUUUCUGAGGUGGUUCUAAUUCGCUAGGCAGGCCUGAGCGAACUUAAGUUUAGUUUGUCCCCUACUGAGUAAAUAGGGCACACUAUAUGGAAUAGUUAAAUAGCUUGGUGGCUGGGAAUAGUAGAAGAAGAGCAGAAAGUUAGACCUAGUUCUCCCCUGAGAAAUCUUGUUAAACACAUUAGUAGUCAAAACAGUAAUCUUUACCAUAUCUGUUGUACUAACCCCUGUGUGCAUAAUGACCAUGCAGUGUUAAAAUGAGUUUUGAAUUUAGCAAUCCUUUCAACUGUUCACAUAAAGCACUUGGCAAAGCGUUUUACUUAUUAGGGGAAAAAAAAAGCAAUAAUAUGUUAAAUAUGUUAUUAUUUAGAAAUGCUAAACAAAUACUUAGUUUGUAAGCAGAUUUCUAUAUUGUAAUACAUUUUGGAAAAUAGAUUUGGUACCAUUCUAAAGUUUAGCUGUCAAAAACACUCAUCGGUGUGAAGAGUAGUUGAUAGAAUCUGCUUUUACUAAAGGAUUUAACUUAUUCAGGUUUAAGAUUCUGUUUAUUUUUAAGGGCGAGCAGGGCAUGUCUUUGUAAUAAUUUCUAUUAAUUUUAAAAUUCACUUUAUUCAUGUGAUAUUUAUAUUACCAGAGUGAUUAUUUCAUAUUGAUGAACUCUUAACUUUCUAGUGGUUGAAAAGAUGGGAGUUAUUUGCCAGUACUCAUUUAUCAAAACCCAUAUAACCAUGCUUCAGAAGAUCUCUGCUCUUUCUUGUUUGUCUCUCAUAUUCAAAUUAUCUGACACCUAUCAAAAAUAGUUUAUAAUUAUUAUGUUUUCACAGUCCAAGGGGUAUGGUUAACCUCAGGCAGCUGCUUUUGCAGAUGUACUAAAUAAAGCAAAUGUUUUAUACCCCAGAAGCCCUCCAGUAGCAUCUCCAAGAAGAACUUCUUGGAAAUCUGGAUGGAAGACUUCAGUGCACAUUGGAUAAAUAGCUCUUUCUUUCUCCCUACCCCUUCUCCACUGUUUAAUGGAAUACACAGCAUGUUUUAAUGGGCAGUGACUAUUAUUUCUGGGGAAAACCAUAUUUUAAAGGACCAGGGUUCCCUGGUCCUUGCCUGUGACUGAAAUGUGGUCAGCUCUUAGGAUUCCCAUGACCUCAUUCUCUGGAUCUGGUAUGUAGACCUCAUUCCUACAAGUGUCCCACCUCUCCUCAUGUACUCUUGUUUGCCCAAAAUGUCAGAGACCAAUCUAGAAAUGAGAACUAAAUUAAUGCCCAACUUUUCAGCAAAAUAUGUAUAUAAUAAGCUCUCGGACUUUAAAAAAAAUCCAUAUUAUAAAUAUUUUAACCUUUUAAUGUAAUUCUGGCAUUCCUAUCCCCUCAUAUUCCAUUGUCAUAACAGUCACACUUCUGAUGAUAUGAACUCCUGGAAGAAGUAUUCUGGUAGUGAGUGAUGUGGAUGAGAAUUGACAACUUUUCUUUAAAAUUUCUGCUCGUCUGCCUCUAAAAUUCUGCAAAUUUUCAGGCAGAUUUUCUUUUACAGGCAAAUUUUCUUUAAAGUUAAGGACCUGUGUUAAAUUUACUUAAUUGAUAUGCAGAUAUGCUUUAACACUUUGACACAGCUACCUUGUCAUUUCAUCUGUGCUUUGGUUAACAGUAGGCUCAAGGGACUCAUUUGUAUAAUCAAAUGAAUUGACCUGAACAUGUGCUACCGGGUCAUAUCUGAGUUACAUACCAGGUGACGAUUUAUAUUCCCAUGCAGACACAGAAUUCCACAUCGUGAUUGGUGAAUUCCUCUUUCGGUUCUGCAGAGCAAAGAAGUGGCGUUGCUAACCUAACAUUUGUAGAAGGAUACUGGAAAACUUAAGUCAGAUGCCUGCCCGUGGCAUAUUUAUGAUGAGCGACUACAAAGCUAUUGUUCUACCAGUUAUCGCUUUAAUUACCUUCCAGGGUCUUCAGUGCCUGCUUUACUUAUGUAACUGAAUUUCUCAAAACCAAGACCUUCUUUUUACCUGCAUUUUAUGCCUCACAGUUGAAAUUUUUCUGUUAGUGAGUGGAAAAUAACCAUGAGAUACGUAGACUGUACUGCAAAUGAUGGAACUGUUGAAAGUUCCUUAGGAAGCCAGUGCUGUGCCACUGGAGACUGUAUGCAGAAACAGACUUGUCUCACUAGCACUGUAUGAUCUCAGCCUAGAAUUGAGCCAAAGCUGUCUUCCAACCAGAUAGAACGAUCCAUGUACAUGUGUCUGCUUUUUCCCCCCUCAGCCUAUCAAAAAUUGAAUCAACAUUCACAAAAUAAUAUCAUCAUAAUUCAAAUAGUCACUGAAAUGCUUUCAUAGUGCUUAAUUUGUAAAUAUUUUGGAUGAAAUGUAUUGGAUUAGUAUGAAAAUUAGCAGGAGAUAUGGGUCCCUGCCUUAUUUUCAUAUGCUAUGGAUACAUCUCGGGAGCUUGCAGCACCCUUCUCAAAACUCUGCUGUCCUAUGGAGCUCAUUUGCUACUCGGACCAUAGAUAGAUAUUUAACAUAAGUGAUAUAAUGACCUUCAGUAUUUUUCUAUUGAACAAGUUUAUCAAUUUUUGCCAUUAAACAGAUAAUUCGUUAUGCAAAGUAUUUAGCUUUUAUAAUCAUUUUAGUUAUGACUUAAUGGGGAGGAAUUGAGCUGCAUCACUGAUAAUGAACUUUGUGAGAAAUUUUUUGUUUAUCUGACUUUCAUUCCUUAAGUAUUCUUGCUAUAAAUUUCUUUUGGAGAUGAUGAUUUAUUUGAAAAUGUCUAAAAUGUAUGUAUAUUUUAUAAAUAUAUAUUAUAUAUAUUGUAAGAAUAUAUAUAAUAUAUAUGGACUAUAUAUAUGUGUAUAUAUAUGUGCAUAUAUAUAUACACAUAUAUAAAACCAUAGGUGCAUUUUACUGUUUUGUAUUUUCAUUUUUGGAGGUAGUGUACACAGCAGGUAAUGAUGAGUAUGAGUGUUGUGCUGUUUGCUUUUACAAUAUAAUAUAUAGUUCUAAAUGUUUAAAUUACUGUAAAUACUAUAUUCAUUAUAGGCUAGCAUGCUUAUUUUAAAGACUGUCAUUCUAGUUUAUUAAAAUCUGAAUGUAAGAAAACUUGGCUAUUCAAAUGUGAAUUGAAAAAUAUUCCAGUCUCAGUACUCAACCAUUUCCAUUGAACAUUCAGGAUUUUUAACGAAACACAUACCAUCAAGAAGGCAAUAGCUAGAGAAUGAGAGGUGCCUUUACUAAAAAUACAAAUGCAGCCUUACAGUGAGGAUGAGGCUUGAGUUUGGGAGUGGGGAUGAGAGAGAGAGAGGGAGAGAGAGAGUGUGUUGGCCAAUCUGUGAAGGUCCUGAUUUGUGACCAUCAAUGUCUUUUUAAUAUAUCUGCUCAACUUCUAGGACUUCAGGGGACAUUUCAUGCGCUAUCUUUGUGCUCUUCUCAGCACCGUAUAUACUUUCCAAGAAUUUUGAAUGUGAAUUCCUAAAAAUUUCAGUAGAGAAGGAAAUGACUCCUAUUUCAUUAUAGUCAAGUUCAGGUAAAAGGAGAAAUUGUUGGUUCACCAAAAUUAUGGGAUCUCAUUAAUGUUAGCUCAGUGUAACUUUUAAAAGCUCACUUUUUUAGUACUUAAUAUAUUUUCUCCUUACACAAGAGCAUGUAUGAAAUUCUUAUGUAAUGAAGAUUCAGCUAGUAAAAAUUAUUUGUAGGUUAAACACCUGAACUAGUUAAAAUUCCACCUACGAGUAGUAUUUAAAUGGCAUCUUUCGUAUCUACCUCUUUGUCAUUGCUGCCAUUUUAACUAAAGCAAAUCUUUAUGACAUCUGAAAUGAUGGUUGGAUGCAAAUUAAAAAUCUGUGUUGGUGCUUUUCUCAGGCUUUGUCAUUUAAGUUAAUAUGGAGUUAAGAUGUCACAAAUCAGAUUGAAAGACAGAAUUAAUUUUGGUUUUCUUUUGAAAGAACUGCUUAAAAUUUAUUAUCAAUGUUGAUAGUUGAGAUAGAAAAUCUUGGGUUAGUAUAUUUGUCUGUGUGAUGUUUUCAACCAAGAGCCAAACUGUUACUGAAUUUAUAUGGAAAAAGCUCUUAGUAUAAUUUUCUUCAACUUACUUUGUUCUUUGAAAGCUAAUUCAAGGCUAUUAAGUACAUAAUCAUUAAUUUUAUUUACUCAGCAGUUGCCUCCAUUACUAUGUUACUUGUUUAGUUAUUUAUAUAAUUACAAACCUUUAAGUGUUUGACACUGGGAUUCAGGUUGUACAAAAGUAGUAGCUGACAAAUUAUAUGUAUAUUUUUAUGAAAUGUAUCAAUUCCUAAAGUUCAUUUUAGGGGAAGGUCCAGACAACUAACAUAUGUGUGUAUAAAAACAAAGGACGGGUCAUUGGUAAAUGAUUUAAAUAAUUUUUACUCUUGCUACUGAAGGUUUUUAAAUUGGCUAUAUUCAUUAUCCAGCUGAAUCUCCCCAUGUUAGUGUAAGGGACAUAUAAGGUUGACAGCAUUUAACAAAUUGUGUCAGUUUUUUUUUUUUUAUUAUUUUAAAAACAAAUAUUAGGUAAAACGGAGAUCCCUAGAUCCCACUUAUUUAUUCUAACAGUAUUUCUAAAGUGGUGCUUGGGGGUCAGAAUUUUCUGGAUAUUUGCUAAUCAAGCUUUAGAAUUUGAUUUAACUGGGACCACAUGCUUACCAUCCUUCUGAUGCAAAUUAGAAAGUUCAUUUUAAUUUACAUUAACUGUAAUGUCUGCCUGGGUUUUUAACAGGCUGUGAACCAGUGAGUGCCUUGUUAAUGCAGAAUGAUUUUUCCCUGGUUGUGUGUUAGCUCCUCUCUGAAAAUGUCUCAGAGAAUGGUGUUUUAGUUGACUUGUAGAGAGCUGCUAAAUUUGGUGUUAUCAGCAAUCAGAAAAGUCUUCAUUGUACCACAUAACCUCCCUCCCUACUUUCUUCUCAUUGUUUGGCUGAAGUUGGCCUCUUGUGAGAAACAAGUACAACCCACCUUCUCCACAGUUUUUUCUAAUCCCGAUUAAGAGGUAUCCCCUACACCCAUCCCAAAUGUAUGAUCUAAUAAGUGUUUUUAGGAGGAACCACUUCUUUGUAAUCCUGAAAUCUAUCAGUUAUUUCAUGUCUUCUCAACUUCAGUUUACUAGAGCUGACCUCAGGGCAUCAUCAGUUCAGAUUCCUAAAUAACUUCCCUUCUCCACACUCCCACACCCCUCCAACUGGUGAACCCUGGACCAGAUUGUUUGAUCUUCAGGUAUUUUAAAUUUUAGUUAUAUCAAUUAAUGUAAAUUAAUCCAAAUGCUAAUUUUUGUGGUGCAAGAAGUUUCUUUUGUAAAUUCAGGGUAUGGAUAAGCUAAGAUAUCCUUUUUUGGUGGCUCUAAGUGUAUUAUUUGUUUUUAAAUAAAGUGUACAAAUAUAGAUGAUGUGCUAUAGGUGUCUCAUGAAUUGAAAUAUUUGUCAGAUUUGGAAUCUAGUGGAUUUGCACUUAAUACAACCUGAUUUUGUUAUUUUUUUUGCGGGGGGAGGUAGUAGAUGGUUACAGAGAAAUAAAAGGGUAUUAGAGCAGAUGUGAGUCCAAAAUAAUGACCCAAUCUUAAUUAUUAAUUGUAAAGAAAGCAGAGAAAUUUAUCAUUAUAGAGAGGUUGGACCUUUGGAAAGCCAGUAAAAUUAAAAUACCCCAUAGAUUGGAUCAAUAAUACUUUCAGGGACACAGGUGUAUUUUUUCAAGUGUUCAGUUACAUAACUAAAAAAAUUAUACACGCAUAUGUAUAUAAUCUAAUAUGUUUUUAUUUUUUCUUUGUUUGGCUGCUUAACAGACAAGCAUAAUAAGCUUUCCCCUUCCCCUUGAUCCUUGAAAUCAACAUUAUUUUUCCUGGGCUUCCCCUGCUCAGAACUCACAGUCUUCUCUUCCAGUCUGGACUCACAAUACUGUAUGGAAUGUAAAAGGUACCUCUUCUGGUGUCCUUGAAACUAUCCACUGUUUUUGAUGUUGUGUAUGCUGCUGUAGUUAGUGUUGCAUCCUAAAAAUGUACACAUUUCUCAGUGGUGUCAGAAAUGUCCCUUUUUUUCCUUUUAAUGAGAGCUGAGACAUGAUUUGCUUGGAGUUAUUUUAGAGUAAUCUAGCUCAGAUGGUCCUGAGGAACUCCCACGUUUUUCAUGGAUUGAUGGAACCCUGGGGUCAGCCCAGGUUCAGAGUGGAUUUCUGACUUGCGUUGGGGUUCCAAGACCACCACUGAGGUUUUGAGGGGACCUAGAAUUGUCGCUGCACUUCGAGUAUUCCCCAGGAACACCUGAGAGCCGGGCAGCACCCUUUAACCCAAACACUAACCGUGAAGCAUCCCUCCAUUUGUUACUUCUCAGUGACGCCUGUCGCUUACAAUGAUCAGGACAUUGUGAUUCUGUGCAGGAGCACCAACAUGCAACUCUGAACACUGGAAUCCAUAUUUUCUGGAACACAGAUUUUAAUUAAGUAUACUUUGUGUACUUUCAAAACCAUACAAUCCCAAAUCCACCAAACAAAAACUGACUCACUUUCCGUUUCACUUAGAUCCUGCAAAACCUUAAGCCCUGUCUUACUCCUUGUUAUUAGACUAAAGGUCAUGGCGGUUUCGGUCAGACUUGAAGAUGGAUCUGACUAUUUGGGUGAACAAAAUCUGCAAUAUCCUGCUAAUAGGAUUCUUUCAUAGAGAAUUCUCUUGUCCUUGGUGAUUUAGCCAUUCACCUUACAUGAAGACUGGUGCAGAUGCUAAUUCCACAUUGACUUUCCCUCGGUGCCUCUUUAAGAGAGAAUUAAUCCAGUGAGGUAAAGGAGAGCCCACUGUAAAACAUCUGUUAAAUAGCACUUGGAGUAUUAGAGUUACUAUUAUUAAUUCACGUGCCAAAGUUUUUCAUGCCCUCGUAAGAUCCAAUGCAUGUACCAGGUUCCCAAUCUGUAACCUCAAACCAAAGACGUUUUUUAAUUACUUUAUAUAAUAGCAUCAUCAAAUUAAGGGUAAUGGUAAAGAAACCCAUCACGCACAAAUGAGAAUUCCCAAACUGAAAAGCUUUCUUUAAUUAAAAAAAAACUGCUCAGAUAGCAAAAUUUAAUGUUAAGCAUGAGUUGUUAAAAUGCUUGUGAUUUAUAUAAAAUGGGCUGAAAUGUUAAAGUAUACUAACAUCCAACUGCUUUCUUAUGGGAGUGGGAGCAAGGCAGUAAUUGUUCAUAAACAAGAUGAAUUUACCUUACAGAAAAGAAAUUUCAUCAGAAACGGUUUCCUUUGGAUACUGGGUAACGUGGGUGAGGGUGUCGGGAAAGAAGAACCUCACCGAAAAGAAAGAGCAGCCAGCCCUGUGAUCUGCACCCACCACCUAUUGUCUCCCUUUCUCUUUAAAUAGCCUGGAAAGAUGACCUCUGAGGUCCUUUUGACCUCGAAAAGGGAAUGGUUCCUAUUCUGGCUUCUUGUUUGUCAUUGGUCCCUUUAUCUAAAGAUGUUUAGGAAAUAUAUCCGAAGUAUCCUAGAGUCCCCCAGUUAAGUGUCAGACAACAUAGCUUUUAUUAUAUUUUAGGAUGCUAUAUUAACAUAGGCUCAGGGAUGUUGUGUGAUCUGCACAUGUCAGACUGAAGACUAGACAUGUAAGAAAUACGUGUAGCCAAGUGAUAA